UUAUGUUUGAAGGUACUCGAUUACAAUACAUCGUUCCAGGAUAUACUGGGCAUAUUCCGAAAAGUUUUUUCGAAUAACAAGUUGGAUACUACUAAGAAGAAAAACCAUAAAAUCACAUACCAGGUAAUUAGACUUAAUUAUUCUUAUUUUAGGUUAUGCAGGAGAGAUAAAAUCAAUGAAAGCUGAAAAUUUAUUCGCUUAAACUUAUGGCAAAAUUACAUACUCAAUUUAACAUGAUGACUAUUACAAGGGUUAAGAUGUGCCACCUGAAUUAAGAUAUAAAUCAUAGCUAAAAGACACUUAUCAAAAUUAGAAUAACGUACAGUUAAGAACAGCAGCUGAAAUCGUAGGUGUGAAGCCCAAGCCUAUUGAAUAUAAGAUUGUAAUAUCCUUUCUUAAUUCAUCAUUAGCCUUAAACUGAAACUGCUAAAACUUUUUUCAAAGUAGAUUAGCAAGGAAAUCCAUAAUUGAGAGAAUCUUUAUAAAAUUGGAAGAGUGAAUAAGAAUAGCAUUCAGAAGCAAUAGAUGAAGCAACACAUAAAUUUUAUGGUGACCCUGGGUAAAAAGUGCCGAGUAAAAUAUAUUUUUAUAUCAUAGUACCACUUGGAACACCUUUACCUGGAUAUACUGGUAUGUAAAAAAGAGUAGUAGCAGCAAAUAUUUUUGGCUAAACCUUUGCAAAUGCUCGUAAAACAGCAUUAUAGGAUGAUGCUAAAAUCAAGGAUGAAAAAAUGAAUACAUUUAAACAAUAGGCUUCAUUUAUACCAGCUUUAAAAAGAUGAUU